AUGAGACUCCAUUCCCUUCUUUCUGUGCUCUUCCUCUUUGUGACUCUAAUCCCAAAAGCAAGGCCUGGUGUUAUUUUGGGGCAGAAACAGUGUGUUCUUUUGAAAGGGGUGUGCAAGGAUGGAGGCUGCACCGCCACGGACAAUACCACUGCUGAAUACAAUGACGAGAAAAAGUGUUGUAGGAAGUGGUGGGUGCUCCUUCCCUACCCAACACCAGCUCCCAGAGCAAAAUAUCCUUAG